UUCUCUCGGUCUCUCUCUCCUCCCUCUCUCCGCUGUCUUUUUAAUGUAACUUCUGACUGAUCGGGGGAGCAGGCAGCGUCUGGAGAGCCUGGUCCGGAGACUCCAUCACUGAGGAGGGAUCUGCUCGGCUCGCACGCUAUUCUCAUUAAAGCUGGACACAGCGGACAGAGAGGAUCACACUUCAGAUGUGUUUGGGAUACCGUGGUGGAUUUGGCUCAGUGUUGUGCGUCUUCGUGUUUCCUCGGUGGAUGAUAUUCUCUGCGUCUGAAUGAAGCUUGUUUUUUGGAUGCGCCUCGCGCCCAAGCUGUUUCUGGUGACUGCGCAUUCUUUAAUUGUGAAGUCGGGCGUGAUCUUUUUAUUAGCGUUAUCCUGUGCGCCUUUUUCACGUUACAUUCCAGGAGUGACUGUUUGAUAUUUACCACACGAUGCCGCAGUUUCAAUGAGCGCGUUUUAGCAGCCCACGCCAACAAAUCCCGUGCGUUGAUUAUUGCGUAAAAAUAGAAAAAGUUGGGCGCGCAAAGUUUUGGUGACGGUCGAUAUGGCUAUGGUGGCGUGGAGAAGCACCGAGGGCGUCGGGGACACCCAGGGGACCCUCUCCUCCCCGGUGUCCCAGGUCGCGCCUCUGUCUCUGUCCGGGGAGAUGACGGGACACAUGAACCCGGCGCCCUCUCUGGAAUUACCCCCGGCGGCUCCCCAGGGCGCACCGCAGCCCAACCCGUCCAGCGCCGCCACCGCGACCACCACCACCGGCGGCGGCAACAAUAACAACAACACCUCCUCUUCCUCCUCCUCCUCCUCGUCCAUGGACAAGCAGCAGAGCCAGCAAAUCGAGUGCAUCGUGUGCGGGGACAAAUCCAGCGGGAAGCACUACGGACAGUUCACUUGUGAGGGAUGUAAGAGCUUCUUCAAGCGCAGCGUCAGGAGGAACCUGAGCUACACCUGCAGGGCCAACAGGACCUGCCCCGUGGACCAGCACCACCGCAACCAGUGCCAGUACUGUCGCCUCAAGAAAUGCCUGAAAGUCGGCAUGAGGAGGGAAGGUACGCGCUGGCAUCCUCCUCUUGUUGCUCUGGCUGUCCAGAGAGGCAGGAUUCCCACCCAGUCUUACCACGGCCAGUUCGCCCUGACGAACGGAGACCCUCUGCAGUGUCACUCCUACCUAUCGGGAUACAUCUCCCUGCUGCUGCGGGCCGAGCCCUACCCGACCUCCAGGUUCGGCUCUCAGUGUCUGCAGAGCAACAACCUCAUGGGCAUCGAGAACAUCUGCGAGCUGGCGGCCCGCAUGCUCUUCAGCGCCGUGGAGUGGGCCCGCAACAUCCCCUUCUUCCCGGACCUGCAGGUGCCGGACCAGGUGGCCCUGCUCCGCCUCACCUGGAGCGAACUGUUCGUGCUGAACGCCGCCCAGUGCUCCAUGCCCGUCCACGUGGCCCCGCUGCUGGCCGCCGCCGGCCUGCACGCCUCGCCGAUGUCCGCGGACCGGGUGGUGGCCUUCAUGGACCACAUCCGGGUCUUCCAGGAGCAGGUGGAGAAGCUGAAGGUGCUGCACGUGGACUCUGCGGAGUACAGCUGCAUCAAGGCCAUCGUGCUGUUCACCACAGAUGCUUGUGGUCUCUCAGAUGUGGCCCACGUGGAGGGUCUGCAGGAGAAAUCCCAGUGCGCUUUAGAGGAGUACGUAAGGAGCCAGUACCCCAACCAGCCCAACAGGUUUGGGAAGCUGCUGCUCCGCCUGCCUUCCCUCCGCACUGUCUCGUCUUCUGUCAUAGAGCAGCUUUUCUUCGUGCGUCUGGUGGGGAAAACCCCCAUAGAGACUCUGAUAAGGGACAUGCUGCUGUCCGGCAGCAGCUUCAACUGGCCUUACAUGCCCAUUCAGUAGAGGAGAAGGCGGCAGUGGUGCUGCUAAGGUCAGGAAAGGUCUCACACCUCAAACCGAGUCAUUUCAGAGGCUGCAGCUUAAAAUCUGUUGAUUUGAACAAGGGAAAAAUAAACUGCCAGUGAAAUGAGAUAAUAACAGAAAUUUUCAAGUAAAUUUUUUUAUUUAGUUUGAACAUGUUCUUGAUUCCUGAGGAGUGACCUGCCUUAUGCUGUUUUUUUAUGUUUCCAGAAAGAUCUGUGAAACAAAUUCACCUUUUGGGCAGUGAGGAAUCACCCGACCACACUGGCAGAAAUUUUAAUUUGUUCAAAGAGGGAAAAAAUAUUCAUGUGAUGAAAUGAUGGACCUUUUUUAUAGUGUGGUGACCACUCAGUCUGUUUUUUUUGGAAUAACAAACAAUAUUUAUUCAAACCCUUUGUGUAUAUUUAUCGUGCUUGUAAAUUAUGUUUUUAAUGUUUCAUGUAUUUUUGACCUGGCCAGUGAGAAAACUGCAGGGAUUGUCUCGUGUCGAUCAGUUUUUUUUUUCUUUCUUUUGUUUGUUUCAUACCUUCCAGACUUGGCACUUUGGACUAAAGGAACGUUUCAGAAAGAUUUAACACAAGUGUUUGAAACCCAGCCUAAAUGUGUACCAACAGAAUGGUGAGAUUAAUGCUGUGUUUUAGUAACUUUGGAAACUGCACUUCUCAUGAUCAGUGUUAGGUUGCGCCAAGUAAUGCAUUACUUGUUAAUCUUUGCAUAGAUAGUAUCAUUACGUAAUAUUUCCUGCAAUAUUUUACUAUUCUCUGGCAGAUCAAAUAAUUUCUUCCAUUUCUACUAUUUUGCAUUCUACAAAUAACAUGAGAAAAGUUUAUUUUUUUCUCCCUUGAAUGAUCAGAAACCAGGUUUCUCAUCACAUGUAUGAAUUGAACCGAGAAAUUCAGCUUUUCUUUUCAUGUCUCAUCUGAACAAAGUUUAUAAUGAGGCUAAAUGUGGCAAAAACUAAUAAGAGGUUGGAGGCUGAAUGUUUGCUAAGCUGUACAUUAAUGUGACAUUUUAAUAUUUAGAGGCGCGAAAUGAAGAAAACUGUUUUUUUUCCUCAUAUAACUUUUUACAGUGAAAAGUAAUGACAUUACUCUACAGGAUUAAUGAGUGAUGCAUUACCACACACUUCUAAUUCAUUUAUGUUUCCAGGUGUUUUACACUGACUGUCUGAGAGAGAUUUAAAGAGCACAGGGCCUGAUGUAUAACUACAGUGUGAACUGUGCACAACUUCCCAGGUCAAAUCUAUUUCAUUAGAAUUCAUGCGUUUAUGAGCCCAGGCCGCUAAAUGGCACAAUUGACCACUGCAGGGUAUAUUUGCUGAAUUGAAAAUGUGUGUCUAUGUGUGUGUGCGUGUGUGUAUGAGUGUGUAUUUGUGUUUACUUCUUUUUGACAACCACUCUGAUGUACUGUGAAAGCAUAUUGGUUAACAUAUUGGUACCAUAUUAAAUUAUAACUCAAGAUUUAUAAAUAAAGUGUAUUUGAUUUAUUUUGCCAUUUCA